AUGGCGAAGUCCGGCUACACGCGCCCGCCGCCCAUCGCCGAGGCCACCGCUCCCAGCGCCAUCCUGUUCGUGGCCAACUGCGGGCCGGCGGUGGGGCUGACCCACGACGACGUCGCCGCGGCCUUCGGUGCCUUCGGGGAGGUCGAGGGGGUCAGCGCCGCCGACGACAGCGGCGCGCGCGUCAUCGUCCGGUUCCGCGAGCCCGCCGCCGCGGGGGCCGCGAUGGUCGCGCUCCACGGGCGCCCCUGCGGCCGCCUCGCCGGGCGCGUGCUGCACAUACGCUACUCGGUGCCGGCCCCCAAGCCCAAGGCCCCGGCCGGCGUCUCCCUUCCGGUGGCCCUGUCGUCGUCUGAGCUCGGUAUCCCGGGCAUUCACUUGGUCGAGGAGUUCGUCACUGCUGCAGAGGAACAGGAACUUCUUGACGCUGUGGAUAGCAGACCGUGGAAAAGAUUGGCCAAAAGACGAGUUCAGCAUUACGGUUAUGAGUUUCUGUAUGAAACGAGGAAUGUUGAUUCGAAGCAGUUCCUGGGUGAAUUGCCAUCUUUUGUUUCGAAAAUCCUUGAAAAAAUUGUUACGUUCCCUGGCGCGAAGAGCUGUACUACUAAACUGGUCGAUCAAUUAACAGUAAAUGAAUAUCCUUGUGGUGUAGGUUUAUCUCCACAUAUAGACACACACUCAGCAUUCGAAGAAAUGAUCUUCAGCCUUUCUUUGGCUGGACCUUGCAUUAUGGAGUUUAGACAAUAUCCUAAAGGCAGUUGGCGUGCUCCAAGUAUGGUCAAUGGAACUGAUGAAACUAGCAUCCAAGGUCCACAAUGCAUUAGGAAAGCUGUCUUCCUUCCUCCUCGGUCGAUGUUACUGAUGUCUGGAGAAGGCCGAUAUGCUUGGCAUCACUAUAUACCACACCAUAAGAUUGAUGAUGUGGCUGGUCAAGUCAUUAAAAGAAGUUUGCGGCGGGUUUCUUUCACAUUCCGAAAGGUGAGAAUGGGCCUUUGUGAUUGUGAAUAUGGGCAAUUUUGUGAUUCUCAGAGUAAGUAAGAUAUGAAGAUUGGCUUAAGGCUAAAAUUUUGGACAUCGCCUGCUAAAUCGUUGGC